CUGCCGCCAAGCGCCGCGCACGCCGCCGUAAACGUCGCAAACAAGCCGCCUCACUGCGCGUGCGUCAGGAACGCCUGCCGUGGAGCGAGGCGGGGAAGAUGGCGGCGCGGUGGGCAGUCAGCGCGGGUAGUGCCUGGGUGCGUGGUCUCUUCGGUUGGGUGAGGCCGGAGAGGUGGCUAGCAUCCGGUAGCCUUUUCCCUCUGUCAUGUAUCCACACAAGCACAUCUCUGCAGAAAUUGGGGAAGUGGGAGAAAAAGAACAGGAUUGUUUACCCUCCGCAGCUGCCUGGAGAACCUCGCAGACCAGCUGAAAUAUAUCACUGUCGGAGGGAUAUAAAAUAUAGCAAAGAUAAGAUGUGGUAUCUGGCAAAACUGAUAAAAGGAAUGUCCAUUGAUCAGGCUCUUGCUCAGCUGGAGUUUAAUGAUAAAAAGGGAGCAAAGGUGAUCAAAGAGGUUCUGUUAGAAGCGCAGGAAAUGGCAGUAAGAAAUCACAAUGUGGAAUUCAAAUCAAAUUUACAUAUAGCUGAGUCAACGACAGGCAGAGGCCGCUAUGUGAAGCGGAUUCGUUACCAUGGCAAAGGCAUGUUUGGCAUCAUGAAAAUCGUCAGGUGCCAUUACUUUGUGAAGUUGGUGGAAGGUCCUCCUCCUCCUCCAGAGCCACGAAGGACUGGUUUUGACCAAGCAAAAGAAUACGUGCAGCAGCUGCGAAGUAGAACCCUUGUUAAUACACUGUGACAAACUAUUGUGACUAUAUAGGUAUUUCUUGAUACAUAAUGUAAUUAUAUAAAAGAAUAAUUAAAAUCACGUUUUAGUUAUAUCUUUGGUGCUCCUGGAGCUGGAUGAUGCAAGAAUGAUCAUAGACUUUUUUCUUGUCAAGCCACAGGUAUGGAAAAAUCUUGGAAAAGCAGCAACAGAUGUUACUUUUUCUGAGUUACUUGGACCACAGCAUUCGAGCUCUACCCUGGACUAUCAAAUCUAGAACGUAUGGUGGCGUUAUAAAGCUUGUAAGAAACUGUGGUUGUCCUCAGAUUCACACAGCUGCAUCUGUCAUGUAUGGUUGGGUCUUUUAUUUUAAAAAUAUGUGCUUGACAGUCAUGUUGCAAGAUUGAGACUUCGACUAAAAUUACUAAAACUUGACAUCUUAAAGUAGCUACAACAGUGGAACAAAAUAAGUAACAAUAGUAGUUGAGAUUAUCAGGCAUCAGUUUAUGAUUUCUUUAUCUGGGCUGUAAUGCUCUUUCCUUGUAGCCUCUGCUGUGCAUUUUGGGCAUUGUGUCUGGGAAUGGGGAUUAAAUUCAUUUAAUGGUCAGGUUUUGACAGAGUCGGUAGGUGGCAAUGUUUAGUUUGUCAGAGAAGGAAGUGACAGUGAAAACUUAGAGCAUGUUGAAACUGUUCUUGAUUCUGACCAUGGCAUUAGUAGUCUGAUAUGUGCAUGGAGUUCAGGCAGUUCUGUAUGGAAACUCAGUAUGGGUAACAGGCACAAUAUGGAGAAAAGUAUGUCUUGGUGAAAAGUGAACUAAGUAUUCUGCACUGUCUGGAAACAAAUUACUUUUGUAAUAUUGAGGCAAAUAAAAUGCUCUGUAGAUUUAAUAGGAAUGGCUAAUAGGAAAUCAGGAUUUCCUUACUGUGAAAACAAUCCUACUUUUGUCAUUACUUCUUUGAAGAGAAAGACUGAGGUCAAUAGGGGGAAUCUCAUUUCACCCAGUCAAAUUUUCAACUCAGAUGGCCAGAGAUCAUGAACAUCAGCAUAAAAAGAGAAUGAGUAGUUGCUUGUUUAUGCAAAUGCCUGAUAUUUAGACCUUUUCCAUUCUGGGAACAUUAGAAUGGGAGAUAGCUAGCCUACUUCAUUUGGGUCUUUUUUACCACAUCAACCAGUGGUAGCCUUUCUUACAUGUGUUUACUUUGAUGGGUACUUGAAUGAUGGCAGAGGGACAGUUCCUAUAAGGAAACAAAUUAUCUUUGUUGUCAUAAUGAAGAUGGCAUACAGCUGUUUCUUUUGGCUACGAAAGAAAGGCUCUCAUGAUCUUAGUGUGUUAGGGAUGGUGAAGUUACACAAGAAGUAUGUGCAUAGCCUGAUACCCGUAAUGGGUGCUUAUUUGCAGUCUGGUAUACUGCAGUGCACUUACAGAUGCAUUACUUGCUUUAAAGCCAUGAUUUAGUAACUUCUGUCUGAAAGGUAUGUUGCUGAUGAAAGUCUCUAUCCCUGUAGUCUCUGAUACGUGUUUGAACAACUGUUUCUGAUGUGCUGUGAUAAACAGUUGUGCUUUGCUUUGCCAGCUGCCGUUAAACUCUUUUUGUCAUACUGAAUCUCUUACAAGUUGUAGCAAACUUGAAUAACUUAAUCUUUUGGGGGGGUCAGUGAUCUGGGAGAAGACUUAAGGAAUCACAAAAUAAUCCAAGGUUAAUAUGCACUUGUCAUCUAAGCAUGUAAAACCUGACUUCCAGAUACUUUAUUCUAGUACCUGUUUCUCCUGCAUGCUGUAGAUUUUUCCCUUCAGAUCCCUUCUGGACCUCCAGACAAGGUUGUAUUCUUAUAGAUAUCAUUGCUCUAGUUAUGAAUCUGCAGACAGGGAGAGAAGUGAGAAUGUGACUGAUGUCUUUUCCAGCUUCUUUAUGAAGUGGCCCUGACACUCCUUUAAACAAACAGACCUGGGCUUUAAAAUCUUUCCAUCAAAAAGCAAGGUGGUGGUUUGUCAUUCUUGUUUUCUUUCUCAAAACAAGAAAUGGGAAGACUUUUUUUUUUACAUGCUUUUCUGCAUCCCUCUUACUUUGUCCCUUUUCUGCCUUCUUAAAGAUGCGUAACCCAUAGUGGAUCCUUACAGUAUUGGCUUAAGGAAGCUCCACAGCUGUGGCUGUAGCAGUACAAUGGGAGAUGUGGUGAGAUGAGGGGCUUGAACUGACUUGAUCCUGCCUUUCGCUGGUAGGACGAUAAGAGUGUCUGAAAUGGUUUCUGUGAUAGGUGUAUAAGAACAUUGGUAUGGGAACCUGCCUGAACCUUUUAAAAUUCAGUAAGAUCUAGUGAUAAAGCUUCAUACCGUCAAGUUCUAUAUAUAAAUAAAGUUUUUGGGUUUU